AUGGUUGUUUGGCCCCGGCCACAAGUCUUUCAGAUUUGCAGUCACUGCCAUGAGAAUAACAUCCACUGGGAAGGAUUGAUUUCAGCAAGAAGACAUGGUUACAGCAUCAAGCUUGAAAUUGAGGUCAUGGCUUGGCUUUCUGGCCACCCAAAUGUUGUCGACCUGAAGGCUGUAUAUGAGGAUAAUGACUAUGUGCACAUAGUGAUGGAGCUCUGUGCUGGAGGGGAGCUCUUCGAUCGCCUCGAGAAGCAUGGCUGCUUCCCUGAAUGUGAGGCUGCCGUCCUGUUCCGGCAUCUCAUGGAAGUCGUGGUGUUCUGCCAUGACAAGGAUGUUGUUCACAGGGACCUUAAGCCCGAGAAUAUUCUGAUGGCUACCAAGUCUUCAUCUUCACCAAUUAAACUGGCAGACUUUGGGUUAGCUACUUAUAUUAAGCCAGGGGAGAGCUUGUCUGGGACUGUUGGAAGUCCAUUUUACAUAGCACCGGAGGUAUUGACAGGGGGAUACAAUGAGGCAGCUGAUGUAUGGAGUGCAGGAGUGAUCCUUUAUAUUCUUCUUAGUGGGAUGCCGCCCUUUUGGGGGAAGACCAAGUCAAAGAUAUUUGAAUCAGUUAGAUCUGCUGAACUACGGUUUCCAUCUGAUCCAUGGAGAAGUGUUUCCGACUCUGCAAAGGAAUUAAUUAGAGGAAUGCUUUUCAGGGAUCCUGCUAAGAGACUCACAGCUAAACAAGUUAUAGACCAUUCCUGGAUAAAGGAGCACAUGCAGCAACAUGAAGUCCCAUGUGGGCAAUGCUGUGAAAUCAGCUUUACACUGGGAGAUCUGGGUAGCUGUUCAUUCUCGACCCCGCUUGUCUCUGCAAGUCGUGAUGUCAGCUUUAGUACUGGUUCUCUUGUUUCCUGCCAGACACUGGCAGAUCAUUCUUCCCCUGCAUUCACUUGUAGAUCAUCAUUUUCUUCAGUUAUUUUUGACACUCCUUGCCCCUCUACGAUCAGCUUCUCUUUCCAGAGCAGUUGUGAGUCUGACAACCACAGAUUCUCCUCACCAAUACCAGUGAUGCCAAGUUUUGCAUUCUUCACACCUGAGCAACAAAAAACAUUCAGUUUUACAAGUGAUGAAUCAAAGACCGACACAUCAAAGACAGACGCCAGCUGCAAGAAGCGCAUUAUGUCGCCCGACUCAGCUGCAUGCUUUGGUCGAGAUUUUAGCGAAUUGGAGCACAAGUGGCUUGAAGCUAGAAGGGUUCCUGUGACUGGUUCUAGAGGCAUUGGCAUCCACAGCAGAAGGAACCACACCAUUGGGCUCGGAGAGCUAGAGCAGCUUGACCUUGUGGUUUCGGAGUCGGUCAUACGUUGGGCAUCAUGCACACACCUCUCAGAUUCACCAUCUCUCAGGUCCUCCCUUGUCUGCUGACAUCCACAGACCUCAGAUUGAUGAAUCUGUCUGUGAUUAAUACUUCAUAUCAAGUUUGUCAGCCUAACUCGAGUGUCAGAUACUGAGCUGGCUGCCCUUGUUUAGAAAGUCCUUGAUUAGCUGACUUUCUUCUCUCGUUCAAAUUGUUUAGCAUACGGUAGAGCCCGUCAAUGUAUGUGUUUUGUGUUAUACAUGUAUUAGUAGUGAAUCACUAGUGUGGGACAAGCAUUUGGG